AUGUCAUCAUCACCAUCAUUUCCUUCAUCAGCGCCACCACCAUCAUCACCAGCACCAUCAUUCCCUUUGUCAGCACCAUUAUCACCACCUCCACCACCACCAUCAUUACCACCAUCACGACCAUCACCUAGGUUUAAAUUAACAAGUCCUUGUUCCUAUUCCCAGCGUGUGAUAGGCAAUGCAUAUGUUGAAAGUCUUGGGGCAUUCUCAAAAGUCACUAAACUAGUGCGGGAUGUUUGGACACAUGCCCCAGCAGAGGCCCAGCAAAAACCUCCGAGACCCCCACCCCCUGAAAGACCCCCACCCCCUACAAGUGAGAAUUUCGACAGUCUACAGUCAUUGGAAAAUGGAUUUGAAAAUCUGUUACCUGACAUUCAGGUAAGGAUGGUAUAUAAAGACUUUUCCCAAUUUGCUGCUUCUCGAUGAAAACCACAAUGAAUUACAUUGCCCAACUCGAUUUCAAGCUAUUUCAAAUGAAAAGACAAUGCAACAUUCUGCUCACUGAAUCGUGAUGGGAUGGCAUGGAGAACAGCGAGAUUUCCAAAACAAUGAAAAGAAAAUGGACAUUCUGAUCACUGGAUCAUGACUGGAUGGCAUGGAGAACAGCGAGAUUUUCAAAACAAUGAAAAGACAAUGGACAUUCUGAUCACUGGAUCAUGACUGGAUGGCAUGGAGAACAGUGGUAUUUUCAAAACAAUGAAAAGACAAUGGACAUUCUGAUCACUGGAUCAUGACUGGAUGGCAUGGAGAACAGUGGUAUUUUCAAAACAAUGAAAAGACAAUGGAACAUUCUGAUCACUGGAUCAUGACUGGAUGGCAUGAAGAACAGAGAGAUUUUCAAAAUAAUGAAAAGACAAUGGAACAUUCUGAUCACUGGAUCAUGACUGGAUGGCAUGGAGAACAGUGGGAUUUUCAAAACAAUGAAAAGACAAUGGAACAUUCCGAUCAUUAGAUCGUGACUGGAUGGUAUGGAGAACAGUGGUAUUUUCAAAACAAUGAAAAGACAAUGCAACAUUCUGAUCACUGGAUCAUGACUGGAUGGCAUGAAGAACAGCGAGAUUUUCAAAAUAAUGAAAAGACAAUGGAACAUUCUGAUCACUGGAUCAUGGCUGGAUGGCAUGGAGAACAGUGGGAUUUUCAAAACAAUGAAAAGACAAUGGAACAUUCUGAUCACUGAUUCAUGACUGGAUAGCAUGAAGAACAGCGAGAUUUUCAAAAUAAUGAAAAGACAAUGGAACAUUCUGAUCACUGAUUCAUGACUGGAUAGCAUGAAGAACAGCGAGAUUUUCAAAAUAAUGAAAAGACAAUGGAACAUUCUGAUCACUGAUUCAUGACUGGAUAGCAUGAAGAACAGCGAGAUUUUCAAAAUAAUGAAAAGACAAUGGAACAUUCUGAUCACUGAUUCAUGACUGGAUAGCAUGAAGAACAGCGAGAUUUUCAAAAUAAUGAAAAGACAAUGGAACAUUCUGAUCACUGAUUCAUGACUGGAUAGCAUGAAGAACAGCGAGAUUUUCAAAAUAAUGAAAAGACAAUGGAACAUUCUGAUCACUGAUUCAUGACUGGAUAGCAUGAAGAACAGCGAGAUUUUCAAAAUAAUGAAAAGACAAUGGAACAUUCUGAUCACUGAUUCAUGACUGGAUAGCAUGAAGAACAGCGAGAUUUUCAAAAUAAUGAAAAGACAAUGGAACAUUCUGAUCACUGAUUCAUGACUGGAUAGCAUGAAGAACAGCGAGAUUUUCAAAAUAAUGAAAAGACAAUGGAACAUUCUGAUCACUGAUUCAUGACUGGAUAGCAUGGAGAACAGAAAUUAUUCAUUCGUUAUGAUAUUGAAAGCUCUGGUUUUUUUUUUUACAGCCAGACCUUGGCCCCUCUCCUGACGUCGUCCUGGGCAAAGCAGUGGGUAUGAAUGAAUGGAUGGGUUUCAUUAACAGCGAGGGAAAAGUUCAAAAUGUCGAAGAACUCAAACGACUUAUACACACAGGGGUAGGUCAAUACAAUGCCAAUCAUCCUUCCUUGCAGCUUUCCACCGUGAUAGUUUCCAUUUGCGAAUUCAAUAACAUUGAUUUAUUGUGGAAAAAAAUAAGCUUAGUAUAUAAUUAAUCCAAAAUGUAUUUCCCAUUAAAAACAUUCAAAUUAUCGAAAACCAUUGAAUGUGAAAAUAAUCACACAAUUUCCAUCAAUGUUUUCCUCAAAAAACUGUCGGAAUUUUUAUUCACAUUAAUGGUACCAUUUAAAUAAUUAACAAGACGCUCUGCGGAGCGUUAACUCGCUGGGGCUAUACUAGACUUGGUUAGGGUCUGAACUUCAGGUUAGUUGAAGUCCGUCUCUAGCUCAUUUUCGCACCUUUUUUGACCGCUCGCGUGCAUCGCUAUUUUCAACCCCUUGAGAGACGGACUUGAACCCGAGUCUAGGGCUAUACAAAUACGCACAUCACUGUACAUGAUACAUACAGUACACAGCUAUUUCAAAUAAGAUUUAAGGUCUUCCCCGAGCUAAGCGGAAAAGUCUAUACCGGCACGAAAGACUUACAUGUAACACAGUACUAAAAUGCGGUAGGCCCUACAAGUAAAGUUAUAUUUUAUAGUACGCUACAUUCUAUUUCUUCAAGACUGUCAGCCGCCAGUUGGUCCGUACUGGUCCGUACGCUAGGAUUAAACUGCGCUUUAAAGAUGCGGCACAGUCUGAUCUGCGCAUGUGCACAAAGGAGCCCUUUUUUUAUUUACAAACAGUUUAUUUAGGUUUUUAUUUCAUUUUAUGUUCUUGCAAAGCUUGAUUGUUGCCUCUUGAAAUUUAUUAUACUCUAGAAUCAUGAAAAUAUACAUAGUUGUCGAAUAAAAUUCAAUAUUCUGGACACCGAAAUGUAAACAAAGCCUUUGUUUACAUACGGACUGUACCGCAUCUUUAAAACGUUCAAAAUAAAAUAUUGGGGGGCUUUUGGGCUCAAAAUACUAACAAAAUGAAGAGAGAAGUGAGACGAAUCCACUGGUAUAUGGCCGAUAAAGAGAAAACCAAUGUUACCAAAGUUAUCAAGGAUUAAACAUACUGCAUUAAUAAUUUUGAGCGACUUGUCAACAAUACAAUUAUUUCGCUUUGCUUUCAACUGACAAAGGCCAUAUUCGCUAGAAUAUUGUUGUUUAGUAAUACUGUACAUUUGACAUUCGUAAUUAGUACAAUUUCUAACGCUGAAUCGAACGGUAGUAUUUUUAUCCUCAAUACGUACUGCGAGCGAUUUAUCAACAAUACAAUUUCGCUUGAUUUUCAAAGGCAAUAAAUCGCUAGAAUACAGGUGUUUAGUAAUACACUUGACAUCCGUAAGUACAAUUUCUUACGCUGAAUCGUAUGGAACGGUGUCGCUUUCUUCUCAAAAUAUAAAGCAGCGCAGCCAAACGUAACUUGCGAUUUGCGAAGGUUGCUGUUUCCAUGUCGAAAUUCCUUGUAAAAUUGUUCAAUUUUCCCGAAUAUUCCUCAAAAUGCAGGGUUAUUUAUGGAUAAUUUGGGUAAAAAUUGGCAGGAGCCGCAGGAGCUCUAUGGAUAAUUUGGGUAAAAAUUAGGUAGCUCAUUAAUAUUCUAUUUUGUGGCUAUCGAUCUUCGAUCCACUAUCGGAGAAAAAUGCGAGCCGAAACCUAUACUCGUCCGGGGCACACUCGUCCGUCCCAUUUGUAAAACCCAUCAAUGGAUAAGGCAAAUAAUUACCAUCAAUGGUUUUCCUUUUUUACACCAUGGAUUUUAUUGAUCAUGGUGAUUAUAGUUUUUGCCAUGAAUGAUAAGAAUGAGUUUUAUUUAUAAUAUUAGAUUAUGUUAAUUGCUGUGAAUAUUGAUGUGAAUAUCGCCAACAGAAUAUAUUCGCGGUAUUUAAAUGAAACUCAUUAAUGUGAAUCAAAAUUCCGACAGUUUGUAGAAAAAAAGCAUUGAUGGAAAUUGUAUAUUAUUUUCACGUCAAUGCUUUUCAAUAAUUUGAAUGGUUUUAAUGGGAAGUACAUUUCAAAAAGUUUAAACCAUCAAUGGAUUUUAUUAUAUGGCAAGCAUCACUUCCGGUGAAAUGGCGGAAUGCGAUUGGCUGAGAAGCACUUUCAGCAGUCCAUUAUUUUCCCCUAAUGGACCGGCGGUCCAUUACGUAAAAACAAACGCAUGUAUUUUUACGUAAAAACAGCAAAACUAAUUGAAACUUUGAAAAUUAUAAUUUAAUUUGUUAUUAAUAAGAUAUCUGCGAAUGCUUUUUAGUGGAAAACAAGGAAGAUAUUGCUAUUUUUUAUUUUCUUCGACCAAAUGUGAACCACGCUACUAAUAUAUGCAUUUCAAAUCAUGCAUUUCUUGUUUGUUUCAAGUAUAAAUGCCUAUAAAUGCCAUAUAAUAAACUUUUUAUUAACCUCGCUUGCUCGGUCUUUACGGAGAAAUAUCGGACCUCGGUCUUUUUGUACAAACCUCGCCCUACGGGGUCGAUCUCUACAAAAAAAUACCUCUGUCCGAUAUUUCUCUGUACAGACCUCGCAUUCGGUAAAUAAGAAGUUAAUACUAAGCUUAUUUUUUCACGCUUAUUUAUACUAAGCUUAUUUUUUCACGCUUAUUUAUACUAAGCUUAUUUUUUCACGCUUAUUUAUACUAAGCUUAUUUUAUCAAUAUACCAUUAUAGAUUUUUAAUUUUUCUCCCGUUCUAUUACCAGACUCGUACCCUCGACCUACAGUUGCAAGCUGAAUUCAGCGAUACCUUGCGCGUUUAAGUAUGGAUUCAUACGCGCGAGCUCAAUUGCUAGAACAUGUUGAAAAUAAUUAAUAAAAAAAUGACUGUAUAUUACGAUAUGUUUCCUAGGGCAUUGAACAUAAUCUUCGGAAAGACAUGUGGAAGUUCUUGUUGGGAUUUUAUGCUUAUGAUCAGAGCUAUAAAGAACGUAUACAGACACGAAAACAAAAAUGGUAUAAACUUAAACUUUAUCUGUUGUAAUGGUCGUAUCCUUUAUUUGUCCAGUGUUACUACAGAAGGAAACCGAAAUACACGCGUAAAAUCUCACAUCUUGUAGCAAAUCUGCCAGCAAGCCGUCAACAAGUUGUGUUCGUACUGCUUGUCCCAAAUUGUCAACAAGUUUGGAACAAGCUGUUAACCAACUUCUAACAGCCUUGUUGAUAUUAUCGGACUUGUUGCAAGGUUUCCAACAAGUCCGAUACAGUCAUGAUAUAACAACAUUGUUACAACCUUGUGUCAUCAACCUUGUAACAUUCUUGUUCCUUGUAACAUCCAAAAACUAAAGCAAGAAGAAUUCAAGGACAUUCAAGCACUCUUUACAAAUUCAAGGACAUUCAAGGCCUUGAAUUUUUGUUUUCAAAUUCAAGGACAUUCAAGGACUUUCAAGUUUUGUACGAACCCUGCCUUGUAAUCAGACAACUGCAUAUUUCAAUUCAAUUCAAUUGUCAAUUCAAUUUAUUAAAAAAUAUAUAAAUACGCAUAUUGCAGGAAUCACACUCUAGGAGGUAAAAGAUACAAUGUAUCCCAUUUCUUUAUAGGAAUGAAUACGUUACAAUGAAACAGCAAUGGCAAUCCAUUACUCCACAACAAGAAAAAAAUUUCUCGCUUAUGCGAGAGAGAAAACAUCUUGUGGGUAGGUACAUUUCUCCAUUUUACGGAAAGACUUAACCCAAGGUGACGGGCCUGACGGCUGCGAUGGUGGUGGUGUGAUAGAGAGACUUAACUCCAGCGGCGGAUUUACCGUGGGGGUCUGGUGAUGUCCAGCAACCCCCAGAGAAGUCCAGCACCACUUAACAAAAAUCUGCUUGACCAUACACGUCGGGCCUGAAAUAAGCGGCUGGUCACGAUUGUCCGGUAUGAAAACGUACUUGUCCGGCCUUAACUGUUUUUGCCGGACAGUUUAUCCGGCAGCAUAUUAAUACAUCUAUUGGUGAAACUAUGUUUAUAACUGCCAUUAAAAAUACAAUAUGCCUGUGAAAAUGCUGUGAAAUUUAUUGUUCGAUUCCGUAUGGUAUAAUGGACUAGUGGCUUAAUUGUUGUUACUAAGCUUUUCACAAAAAACUAUAUUUGCUCUAAAUUGCGUUAAUAUUUUUUGUCAGGCACAAACUGUCCAGUGUCAGGCACCAAUCAGUUGGUACAGUACCUGACACUUUGUCAGGCACCGUAAUUGGAAGUUUAUUUUCAGGCUUGGUACAUUUUCUACUUUUCGAAUAGCGAAACCUCAGUCUACUGUUAGCGCGUGCCGAUUUCUUAAAACAAUUUGAUUUGUGAGCUCAUGAGAAAAUACUCGAAAUGCUUUGGUUAAAUAUCAUGGUUAAACAUGUAAACAUGUCGAGGUUAUAGACAAAUAUACUGUACUUUGACAAGCAAAUUUACUGUACUAUGCUACAGCAACUGUCUAGUCAUGCAUCUGUGAUAAAAGCCGAUAUAAACUUUAUGUUCAAAAGAUAAUGUAAAACGUAACGGUCGGCGGCCCUGCGGCGAACAUGCAGAUUCGGCCAUCUCAAAUAAUGCCCUUAUAAUGGUAAUGUUGGGAUAGUUGCAUUGCAGACUGCAGAGGGGAGUGGGCAGUAAGGUUGCCACGUGGAAAACCUGCACCCUCCUUGCAGAUGAGGCAAAAUCUGCCUCUGUACAUCUACCUCUGCAUGAUCUAACCAUUCUUAACUCGACUAACUCUGCCAUAUUCUUCCCUUCUAGACAAAGACGUAAUUAGAACAGAUCGCAAACAUCCUUUCUAUAAAGAGGAGCCAUCAAACACGAACACUAACAAACUAUACGAUAUCCUUAUGACGUACUGCAUGUAUAAUUUUGACUUGGGUAAGUGUCGCCUGUCUGGGGCUGGUUGUGGGUGGCACCGAAGAGAAAUGUCUUUCUUGAUAUAAAUUUUGCUGAUCCAACCAUUAAUCAGUAUUAAUAAAAAGUGCAAAAAAGUUUUUACCCAACCUCAAAUAUCAAUUAAAAAAAUAAAUACCCACCCCUGGCUAAAACCUUGUCACACAAUGGACAAGUUGUAUGUUAGACUAAAUUUUAAUCUAAGUAAAGAGAAGGGAAUAAAACACAACAGUUAAAAAGAACUUAUUAAAAUCAGUAAAAUUGCAAAAUUUGAUUACGAAAUGUUGUAAAAUACAGAAAAUAUAGCCUUGCGAAGUUUGCAUAUUUUCAGUAUGUUUGUAUUACGUGCGGAAAUUUGAGCCGAAAAUAGUAACAAUUUCCGCACGUAAUAACGUGCGGAAAUUGUUACUAUUUUCGGCUCAAAUUUCCGCACGUAAUACAAACAUACUGAAAAUAUGCAAACUUCGCAAGACUAUAUUUUCUGUAUUUUACAACAUUUCGUAACCAAACUUUGCAAUUUUACUGAUUUUAAUAAGUUCUUUACGGUGUUGUCACACAUGUCCUUUUUAAUAAUACCACUUCUGUGACAUGAGUUUGAUAACUGCUUGUGUAAUUUUCUAUACUCCCUAUAGUCUAAACACCAUUUGCCUCCUGACAAAUUGGAAAAUGAUCAAGAUAGUGACUCUGAUUGAUUUUAAUGCAUAUUGUAUUGACAUAUAUGUUGACAUUGUUUUUUAGUCUUCAAUAUUUGAGUGAGUCAUGCUUUGCCUUGGGAAAUGACGAUAAAUUUGUAUUACCCAACCUUUGAGUUGUUUUGUUUUUUAAUUCACCCAACCUUUUACUCACUCAAAAUUUUGUCAAAACGUUGUUGAAAAUGGCGCUUCAGUUAGGAGUGAACAACGUUUUUCAGUACGACAACAAUGAAAAGCAAAUGCAACGCUUACCUGGGAUUUCCAAUCUGUAUCUUCCCUGAGAAUGUUUUCUGACAGCGACAGUUUAAUAGUAGAAACUUUUCAAACGCUAUCGCUUUGGCUUUUUUUGCGAGACCAGAACAUAUUUUUGCACACGAGUAUUUCAAAGUAGGACCCAUUACAUGAAGAAACAUGAUAUGUAAUUGCCAAACAGCUUCACUUUGGUUUUAACGUAGACAUCUAACGGAAAAACUGCUUUAUUCUUUGUGUUUUUUCAAUAUUUGAAAUUCCCGCCAAUAUUCCCGCCAAAAUCAUGUUAUUCAAAUGCUUGUCAGCGCUCGUUAAUCACGCAUUACUUCAUGUAAUUUUGUGUUUAAACGCCCCAGGACUCACGCACAAGUUGUUACAGGUUUGCAAUGCCAUUCAAGUUGUUACAAAUCUGUUCACAAGCUGUCGACAAGUUGUGUUCGCACUGCUUGUUCCCAGUUGUUGUGACAAGCUUGAUGGCAUUAUCAGACUUGUUACAAGGUUGUUCUAACAAGUCUGAUACAUAUAAUAAGAAUGUUACAAGGUUGACGACACAAGGUUGUAACAAUACUGUUAUAUCAUGACUUGUUAACAGCUUGUUUCAAACUUGUAGACAACUUGACAAGCAGUACGAAUUUAACUUGCUGACGACAAGAUAUGAGAUUUUUUCAUGUGUAUCCGACUAACUCACUGAGCUAUACAUAUUUCUGGAGGACGUGUUCGGCAUAAAAACGUAUCGCUUUUUUGACUGACGAGAGAUGGGAGAAGUUUCUUUGGCCUUACUGGACCCUAGGGAGAACAGUUUAGAACUGAUAAAGCUAUCCAGUAUAAAUAAGGUUAGUUUGGAUAUAGAGGGUAAACUAGCUCCUAAAGUUUCUCUAUAUUUUUUAUCCAAGGCUAUGUGCAAGGCAUGAGUGAUCUGUUAUCUCCCAUUUUGUUUAUAAUGGACGACGAAGCGGACUCGUUCUGGUGUUUUGUUGGUUUUAUGGAAAUGGUCGUAAGUACAAUCUCUCUGGACCCCCAUGUUUGAGAUAUAUUUUUUAAGUAGUUCAGACACAAACCACGACUGCUUAUUGUAGAAUACUACCUACACUGGACCACCACGUUUGAGAUAUAUUUUUUAAGUAGUUCAGACACAAACCACGACUGCUUAUUGUAGAAUACUACCUACACUGGACCACCACGUUUGAGAUAUCUUUUUCAGUAGUUCAGACACAAACCACGACUGCUUAUUGUAGAAUACUACCUACACUGGACCACCACGUUUGAGAUAUCUUUUUCAGUAGUUCAGACACAAACCACGACUGCUUAUUGUAGAAUACUACCUACACUGGACCACCACGUUUGAGAUAUCUUUUUCAGUAGUUCAGACACAAACCACGACUGCUUAUUGUAGAAUACUACCUACACUGGACCACCACGUUUGAGAUAUAUUUUUCAGGUAGUUCAGACACAAACCACGGCAGCUUAUUGUAUAGAAUACUAUCUGCAAUGGACCACCACGUUUGAAAUAUGUUUUUCACGUAGUUCAGACACAAACCACGACAGCUUAUUGUAGAAUGCUACAGUACCUACACUGGACCACCACGUUUGAGAUAUCUUUUUCAGGUAGUUCAGACACAAACCACGACAGCUUAUUGUAGAAUACUACCCACACUGGACCACCAUGUUUGAGAUAUCUUUUUCAGGUAGUUCAGACACAAACCACGACAGCUUAUUGUAGAAUACUACCUACACUGGACCACCAUGUUUGAGAUAUCUUUUUCAGGUAGUUCAGACACAAACCACGACAGCUUAUUGUAGAAUACUACCUACACUGGACCACCAUGUUUGAGAUAUCUUUUUCAGGUAGUUCAGACACAAACCACAACGGCUUAUUCUAGAAAACUACUGUACCUACACUGGACCACCAUGUUUGAGAUAUCUUUUUGAGGUAGUUCAGACACAAACCACAAUAGCUUAUUGUAGAAUACUACCUACAUCUUAGCUUCUGAUUAAAAACUUAUUUAAUGUAUAAACUUUCCACUGUAGGCAGACAACUUUGAAAUGAAACAGGCGGCUAUCCAUCGACAACUGGACAAUUUAAAAACACUUUUGCAAUAUGUGUAUCCUAGACUGUAUCAUCAUUUUGGUUAGUUUUUUAAUAUUAUAUAGUCUUGCAGUGAUAUUUCGAAACCUAGCUUUUUAUAGCCUGUAAUAUUUCAGACACGUAUACAGCUAAUUCAAAAAAGGUUGUCCUUUGCAAACCUUAAACUUUAAACCUUAAACUCUAAGCGUGCAAAGCAUAACGGGAGCAUCAUUUAAUCAGUUUAGAAAUCAUAUAUGAGGCUCAUUUCUUAGAGACAUGGUAAAUAUCACCUUACAAGAACAAUUCAUUCACAAAUAGCUGCAAUAUUCAACUACUAAGCUUGAAACUUGUGCUCCCAUUAGGCUUUGCACGCUUAGAGUUUAGAUUUUAAGGUUUGCAAAGGACAACCUUUUUUGAAUUGGCUGUAUACUGUAACAUACCUGGUUGCAUGAAGACGCUAGACUGGAGUGUUUGAAACGUUUGGAUCGUGAAUGUAAUUUGUUCGAUUACAUUCAUUUUGUUGAACCAGAGCAGCGAGACAUAUCUGACGUUUUUAUUUUGUUGUUUAGAAAAAAAUGAGUCUGGAAAUUUAUAUUUUUGUUUCCGGUGGUUGCUGAUCCUUUUCAAAAGAGAGUUUAUUUUUGAAGACGUCAUGAGACUAUGGGAGGUGAGACAUAUUAUGGACGUCAGUGAUGUUUGAUUUUUACUUCAGGAAAUUAUUUUGCGGAUUUUGAAGUAUUAACAGCGGAUAUUUUCGAAUGUGCAGAGUCUUCUUAUACACCACUGCUUUAUACAAUGAAGUUUUAUUUUUUUUAUUUUAGUCGUUAUGGGCACAAGAUCUGUCUCCGAAUUUUCACCUAUUUAUUUGUCUGGCUAUUUUGAAAAUGGAAAAAGACUUUAUCAUUGAAAACCAAUAUGGCUUCAAUGAAAUUCUAAAGGUUAGUUUUGGAGUGUUGCGUCCCAGCUCUGACGAUGGAUUUAAACCUGGAUUUGAACCUAUAGAAUUGCUGAACGUUAUACUAAAAGGACUAACGUUACAUUUCAGCACAUCAACGAGCUGUCAAUGAAGAUCAACCUUGAACAGAUGUUGAUAGAAGCUGAGAAAUUAUGCUUGCAGUUGAAGAAAGUUCGCUGUCUUCCUGAUGACGUUACGGAAAUCCUGACUGGAAAACCAGUGGAGAAACACGAGAAACGCCACUUUCCAGGUACAGUAUCAUGAUUGUUGUGGUGGUGGUGAUGGUGAUACCAGACGAUGAUGGUGGUAAUGGUGUUGAUGAUGAUGGUACCAGAUGGUGGUGGUACGAGGUGACGAUGGUCGUACGAGAUGGCGAAGAUGACGAUAGUGAUGGUACCAGAUGGUGAUGAUGGUGCUAACGAUGAUGGUGGUGGUACGAGAUGAUGGUAGCGGUACCAGAUAAUGGUGGUGGUGAUGGUACGAGAUGAUGGUGGUGGUACGAGAUGAUGGUAGCGGUACCAGAUAAUGGUGGUGGUGAUGGUACGAGAUGAUGGUGGUGGUACGAGAUGAUGGUAGCGGUACCAGAUAAUGGUGGUGGUGAUGGUACGAGAUGAUGGUGGUGGUACCAGUGGUGACGAUGGCGGUGAGGAUGAUGGUGGUGGUGGUGAUGGUACGAGAUGAUCGUGAGUGUACAAGAUGAUCGUGGUGGUGGUACCAGAUUGUGAUGAUGAUGGUACCAGAUGGUGAUGACGAUGGUACCAGAUGGUGAUCACCUAUACCAGAUGAUGGUGGUGAUGGUCACCUAACCAUUAUCUAACCAUGCUUAACUCAGCAAUGAGUCUCUGAGUCCUGUACAACAUUAGAAUAUGUACUAAGCAGAGAGAGCAAAUGGGAAAGACUAAAUCCACUCCCACGAGUUCUGUUCAACAUCAGAUUUCAUUACUCUUCCUGCAAUCCACAUCCAAGAACAUGUACUUAACAAUACUCCAUACAAUAUUCCCUCUAGGCAAGCCAGUGUUGGUCAAGAACUCAACAGACGAAACAGACAGUGCAGGUCCGUCACAGACAGCAGACUACAGCGACGACGAAAUUGAAGUCUUGAGUGAAUACACUGAGAGUACAGACAAUGAAACAGAAAGCAAACAAGAAAAGACUCCGACCCCUAUUCAAACAAACACUGAAGUAAAUUCUGAAAUGUUUGUUAGUGCCGUUCAAACUCAGGCUGACGAGGAAUUAGUUGUGUUGUCAACAAAUGAUAAAGCUGUGUUUUAGAUAUUAAAAUUUGGGUAGAAAAUUGUAUAUAACGCACAGGGUGUAUAAAAAAAGGUAACCCGACUUUGACAUGUUAUGACAGGCUUCUAGUUGUCGAAUGAUACCUUUCUUGUAUCAUUGCGAUCAAAAAUAGCCAAAUAUGAUCCGAUUUAAAAAUGCCGCUCGAAAUCGCAUUUUCCCACCGUUGGGAAUUGCUUGUAAAGCUAUUGUCUGAGUGUUGAAAUUAUUCUCUGAGUAUUCUGGAAUUAUUUGGGAUUCAAAUUUAAGUCGCUUGAAUCAAGAUGGAACAGCGCAUGUGUGAGCAUCAAGUUUUGGUAAAUUUCCAGUCGCAAUUUUGCAUCGAUAUUGAGUGAUUAAAACAUUUUGCAGAACAGGAAGUUUGCAGACUGGACUCGCAAUGCCAUGCGUUUCGCGAAUGGGCAAACAAACUUUUAAGGCCCAUUCCCACUCAGGAAAAUUUUCCGCAGAAAGAAAACUUUGUAAAAUGUGAUUGGUCGACACAAGUUUUCCAUCGGAAAAAAAUUUUGAAAAAUUUUCAACUUUUAACAAUGAUAUUUUCGGAACAUUUUCUGUCCGUGGAAAUUUUUCUUGAGUGGAAAUGAAUAUUUAAAUCCUAAAAGUGGAAAAAUACAAUUUCAACCGAUGACUUUAAAUCAGAUCGUAUAGUUGGUCAUUUCUUUAUCGCAAUGAUUCCAUAAAGGUGUCAUUCGACAGCUGAGAGCCUGAUCUUUAUAAAUACGUAAACAGAAAAGUUAUAAACGUAAGAAUUAACACACGAUAAGCUGUCAAAUUUGCAUACCUUUUUUAUAUACACCCUUGUAUAGAUAGUAAACAUGUAUUGGGUUCAUGAUAGGCGAGUCCUAUCACAGUUGUGUUGCUAAGUGUCAGGCCUAGAAAAUAUAUUUCUCUUCUGGCAGAAAAAUCAAAAAAUAAAAAUUCCCUGUGUAAGUCAAAUAUAAAACUUCCUGCAUAUGUAGAUCUCAGAGAACGGUGAGGGGUGCCAAAAAUAGGCACAUUCUAUAGCCACAAACCAUGGCCUAAGGUAUGCCAAAAACAGACACACUUCAUAGCCACAAAUAUAAGGUACUCAGGGAUCAAUAUAACGGUCGGCCAUUAGCCGAGCAAAAUGCUGAUAUGGCCGUCUACUGAUUACUCUGCACGGACAUUGUUCCCAACCGUUUUGUCUCAUCAAUUUCAAUAGUUUUUUCUUUCUUAAAAUUUAUUGUUGCAAAUCUUUUUAAAUUAAACAAAAUCUGAAAACUUUAACACAUGCAAACAAAUAUUCCGUCUGCUAGACAAUCAUAGAAUCUGACUUCGUCCCGAUCCACACAAUAACAAUGUCAUCUCGUGUGUUAAGAGAAAUAUUUUAUAUUAUAUAAUACCUUAUUAAAUUCUAAUCGUUUAAUUGGCUGUUUAUGGUCACGUGAUAUUGAAUAGAAAAUUCCAUUUCCCAAGAGUGCAAUGGAACGCGUUCCAUUGCACUCUCCGCGAGUGCAAUGGAAUAAAACGUAUAGUACAAUUGCACUCUUUGUGUUUUCGAUAAAUCGCAUCCCUCAAAAUGCUUCUCAUACGAAUUUAUUAGUCUGUUCUGGACUUUUGGUAUUAUAUAAAACAAAUAAUGAAUGUUUCUUCGUGCAAUGGUAAGAAUAUUUUCGAUUCAUUCGGUGAAAGAUGGAAUGUUCCAUUCAACUCGGCUGUCGCCUCGUUGAAUGGAACAUUCCAUCUUUCACCUCAUGAAAAUAUUCUUACCAUUGCACGAAGAAACAUUCAUUAUUUGUAUAUUAUAUCAAUUAUAUAUACUAUUGUUAAUGAGUAAGUUGUCGUUGAUAUUGUGUAAUUUUGUUAACCAUUAUGCAUGUGGUUUUGGACUUUUGGUACGUAGUUGUUUUGGUUUCUAGUACUGUGACAACCGGCAACGUCUCUUUUGAGAAUAAUGAAGUGUCGGAUCAUGUACCACAAAAACAUGGGUUGGUCUGACACAAUGUCAGACCAAGUUUUCAUAAUUAUAUUGAACUCUGAAGGUACUGAAAGCAGGCGUACUUUUAUAGUUUAUAGAGUGUUUGCAUGUAAGUCAUAAAAUUUCUAAAAGCUUAAGCGUUUAACAUAUAUAGUUGCCCAUUUUAUAUAUUUUGUAUAUCCUUACUACAAGUAUUCCUGGCAAAUUUCAAGUCGAUACAGUAAUUCCUUCGCGAGUUAAAGGUGCUUGAAUCAUUUAUAUUGCUGACGUCAGCAUUAUUUUGAAAGGCCGUUAUAAGCUACGCGGUUUUCCAAACAUAAGUCGAAAUAUUUUGGUGGGCUUUCAAAAGUUUUAUAUAAUUAAUAUCAAACACAAUUGUGGACCUGUGUGAUAAAAUAUAUCUUUUCUUGAGCAUUUACUACACAGCCGCCAUGUUGGUGGUCCAAUAUUACGCAAUCUCAGACCACCAACAUGGCGGCCGUGUAGUAAAUGCCCAAGGAAAGAUAUAUUUUAUCACACAGGUCCACAAUUGUGUUUGAUGUUAAGUAUAUAAAACUUUUGAAAGCCGACCGAACUAUUUCAACUUACGUUUGGAAAACCGCGUAGCUUAUAACGGCCUUUCAAAAUAAUGCUGACGUCAGCAAUAUAAAUUAUUCAAGCCCCUUCAACUUGCGAAUGAAUUACUGCAUCGACUUGAAAUUUGCCAGGAAUACUUGUAGCGGUAAGGAUAUACAAAAUAUAUAAAAUGGGCAACUAUAUAUGUUAAACGCGCUUUUAGAAUGUUUAUGACGUCACAUGCAAACACUCUAUAGCCACAAACCGCGGCUAUAAGGUAUACUGAAAACAGACACACUUCGUAGCCACAAACCAUGGCUAUAAGGUAUGCUGAAAACAGGCGUACUUUAAAGCCACAAACCACGGCUAUAAGGUAUGCUGAAAACAGGCGUACUUUAAAGCCACAAACCAUGGCUAUAAGGUACUGUAGCUAUGCCGAAAAGCAGGAUGGAUGCCGAAAACAUGCGUACUUUAUAGCCACAAAUCUUGGCUAUUAAGCCGGUUUUCCACCAGGCGGAAUUUUGCGCGCGGAGCGGAAUUUCUCUUUGUCUUUUCUAAUUAGUUCCACCCGAGAAAUCACAAGACAAUGAGAAAUUCUGCUACGCGCGGAAAAUUCCCCCUAGUGGAAAACGGCCUUAUAGAUGAUGUCCACUCCUGUGCGCAUGCGCGAACUUUGUUUACGUUUUGAACUGCUAUAUUUGUAACAUAUGAUACACUAACUGAGUAUCUAACACUUUUCUGGUUCGCUAUACUUGUAAAUGAGUAUAAACUCUACGUUUCAAUUAAAAAAAGUUCGAAAGAUGCAAAAUGUUUGCAAUGUUUAUAUCUGGGGGUCCCCCUUUAUUAUGAGGCAAAAAAAAAUAUGUGGGUUUCCGGUUUCCCGACCCUACCUAGCUUUUGGACGUCGAAAUCCCGACCCUAAACUUUUUUAUUGGAUCAUGCUUGUAAAUGUUUCCACUUAGAGGAAAAAGUUUGUGGAAAAUUGAAAUUUGAGGCAAUAUUAGGGAAAUUUAUCUUUGGAUGUGGAAGCACUGACUAAACAAAAUGGCGUCCCUUAUUCGGAAAAUUAAAAAAAAGUUUAAAAAAAAAGUUAAAACCGACCUACCCUACCUAAGUUUUUAUAAGAAGAAACCGGAAACCCACAUAUUUAUUUUGGGCCUGAGCAGAACUGAUGCGCAGAACGGAGUGGAAAUCAUCUUUAAUUUAAGGUAUUUCGAAAACAGGCGUAUUUUAUAGCCACAAAUACAAAUUGUAAACAAGUAAAUUAUACUGCAUUCUAGCAUAAAUUUCCUGAGGCAUAUUUUUCAGGUAUAAAGAGUUUUUUUUGGAUUAAAAUAAUCAUUAAACGAAGCAAAAUAUCUAAUAGUUUAUAAUACAAUUGAGAAUCAUUAGAAUUCAAGAUUAUUCAGAUCGAGUUUUGGAUCCAGAAUUUUAAUCAUCGUCACUAAAGGACGAGGCGCUUGACGGCUCAUCAUCAUCGCUAUCCUUAGAAACUUGACCACCACCUGGAGCAGGGGCAUCUGGGGUCC